AAAAUUUUAAGUUCCAAUCUUAGCUCUCUCCUAGAUCCCAUACCCUAGCUCGAUUUCUGGGAGGCGAUUUUCCGGCGUAAUUCCGGUGAUAAUCUACGACGUAGACCUCAACGGCGUCGAUUCUGGCGGGGUGUGCUUUGUGGUCUAUAGACCAUGGCCAAUUUAGGAGGAGGUGCUGAAGCACAUGCGAGGUUUAAGCAGUAUGAGUACCGUGCAAAUUCCAGCCUUGUACUUACAACAGACUCACGACCCCGGGACACCCAUGAGCCCACUGGUGAGCCUGAGUCUCUAUAUGGAAGGAUUAAUCCCAGAGAUUUUGGUGAUCGAGCUUCUCGGGGUAGGCCCGCUGAGAUUGAAGAGAGGAUAAAGAAAUCUAAGAAGAAGAAAGAGCGAGAUCCAGCAGCGGCUGAGCCUGAAGGAAAGAAAGAUAGCAAGCGGCGGAGGAUCCAAGAGGAGAGUGUUCUUUCCCUUGCCGAUGAAGGUGUCUACAAGCCAAAAACAAAGGAGACUCUUGCAGCAUAUGAGAAUAUGCUUAGUGUGAUCCAACAACAGUUUGGUGGGCAGCCACAAGAUGUCCUCGCAGGAGCAGCAGAUGAAGUUUUAUCAGUUUUAAAGAACGAUAAGAUGAAGAAUCCUGAUAAGAAGAAGGAGAUUGAGAAACUUUUGAAUCCCAUUUCAAAUCAGUUGUUUGACCAACUUGUUUCACUUGGUCGGAUGAUAACAGACUAUCAGGAUGGAGGUGAUGCUGCGGGAUCAGCUUCUGCAAAUGGCAAUGAGGAUGCACUAGAUGAUGACAUUGGCGUCGCUGUUGAGUUUGAAGAGGAUGAAGAGGAGGAAGAGAGUGAUUAUGAUCAGGUCCAAGAAGAAUCUGAUGAUGACGAUGAGGAUAUUCGGGAAUCAAAUGGUGCUGGGGGUAUGCAAAUGGGUGGCCUAGAUGAUGAUGAGAUGGAAGAAGCUAAAGAAGGUUUAACUUUAAAUGUCCAGGACAUCGAUGCUUAUUGGCUUCAGAGAAAGAUAUCUCAAGCUUAUGAUGAAAUUGACCCUCAGCACAGCCAGAAGCUUGCUGAGGAUGUCCUCAAGAUAUUGGCUGAAGGGGAUGACAGGGACGUAGAAAACCGGCUUGUGAUGCUUCUAGAGUAUGAGAAGUUUGACCUCAUCAAAUUGCUUCUGAGAAAUCGUCUCAAGAUAGUAUGGUGUACCAGGUUGGCUAGGGCAGAAGACCAGGAGCAGAGGAAGAAGAUUGAAGAAGAAAUGACAAACAUGGGACCGAGCUUGUCUGCAAUCUUGGAGCAGUUGCAUGCCACAAGAGCAUCUGCCAAAGAGCGUCAAAAGAAUUUGGAGAAGAGCAUAAGGGAGGAGGCAAGGAGAUUGAAGGAUGAACAUGGACGGGAGGAUGGGGAAAGAAAUAGGGAACGGAGGGUUAUUGAUAGAGAUGCAGAGAACGGAUGGUUGAAGGGCCAGCGACAGCUGCUUGAUCUUGAGAGUAUUGCAUUCCAUCAGGGUGGACUUUUGAUGGCAAACAAAAAAUGUGAACUCCCUCCUGGAUCUUAUAGAACUCCACACAAGGGUUAUGAGGAAGUCCAUGUACCAGCGCUGAAGCCAAAACCAUUUGCUGAAAAUGAGGAGCUUAUAAAGAUAACCGCAAUGCCUGGUUGGGCGCAGCCAGCUUUUGAAGGGAUGAAGCAACUGAACAGAGUGCAGAGUAAAGUCUAUGAGACCGCUCUUUUCUCACCUGAAAACAUACUCCUGUGUGCUCCAACUGGUGCUGGAAAAACAAAUGUAGCUAUGUUGACUAUUCUUCAUGAGAUUGGUCUACAUAUGAAGGAUGGCGUAGUGGAUAACACAAAAUAUAAAAUUGUAUAUGUGGCACCUAUGAAGGCUUUGGUAGCUGAGGUUGUAGGUAACUUGUCCAAACGUCUCGAAUCAUUUAAUGUUGUUGUGAGGGAACUUAGUGGAGAUCAGACUCUUACACGCCAACAAAUUGAAGAAACACAGAUAAUUGUUACAACACCUGAGAAAUGGGAUAUUGUUACCAGAAAAUCUGGGGAUAGAACAUACACUCAAAUGGUUAGGCUUCUUAUUAUUGAUGAGAUCCAUCUUCUUCAUGAUAACCGAGGGCCUGUGCUUGAGAGCAUUGUUGCAAGGACAGUUAGACAAAUUGAGACAACCAAGGAGCAUAUCCGACUUGUUGGGUUGUCAGCUACUCUCCCAAACUAUGAAGAUGUGGCAUUAUUCUUGCGUGUUCAUCCGUCGAAAGGUCUAUUCCAUUUUGAUAACAGCUAUAGACCUUGCCCUCUACAACAGCAGUAUAUUGGAAUUACUGUAAAGAAACCUCUCCAGAGGUUUCAGUUGAUGAAUGAUAUCUGUUAUGAGAAAGUUCUGAGUGCUGCUGGCAAACACCAAGUGCUUAUCUUUGUCCACUCGAGGAAGGAAACAGCCAAAACUGCACGCGCGAUAAGAGACACGGCUUUGGCUAAUGAUACUUUGAGUAAGUUUCUUAAGGAUGAUAGUGCAAGCAGGGAGAUCCUUCAGAGUCAAACGGAGUUGGUAAAAAGCAAUGAUCUCAAGGAUCUUUUGCCGUAUGGCUUUGCUAUCCAUCAUGCAGGGAUGGCGCGGGUGGAUCGUACGCUAGUUGAGGACCUUUUUGCUGAUGGGCAUGUUCAGGUGUUAGUCUCAACAGCAACACUUGCCUGGGGUGUCAAUCUUCCAGCUCAUACCGUCAUUAUCAAAGGGACACAGAUAUAUAAUCCGGAGAAAGGAGCAUGGACAGAGCUCAGUCCUUUGGAUGUGAUGCAGAUGCUUGGUAGGGCGGGAAGGCCACAAUAUGAUUCUUAUGGAGAAGGAAUAAUCUUAACAGGACACAGUGAAUUACAGUAUUAUCUCUCGCUCAUGAAUCAACAGCUGCCUAUUGAGAGCCAAUUUGUAUCACAAUUAGCCGAUCAGCUGAAUGCAGAGAUUGUGUUGGGAACUGUUCAGAAUGCUCGAGAAGCUUGUACCUGGAUUGGGUAUACUUACUUGUAUAUCCGGAUGUUGAGAAACCCUACUCUCUAUGGUUUACCUCCUGAUAUACUUGAUCGAGACAAAACCUUGGAGGAAAGGAGAGCUGAUCUGAUCCAUUCUGCUGCUAGUAUAUUGGAUAAAAAUAAUUUGGUCAAGUACGACAGGAAGAGUGGGUACUUCCAGGUCACUGAUUUGGGUAGAAUUGCCAGUUAUUACUAUAUAACUCAUGGAACAAUAUCUACUUACAAUGAGUACCUGAAGCCAACAAUGGGGGAUAUUGAGCUGUUUCGGUUGUUCUCCCUCAGUGAAGAAUUUAAAUAUGUCUCUGUUAGACAAGAUGAAAAAUUGGAGUUGGCAAAGCUCUUUGAGCGGGUGCCUAUUCCUGUCAAAGAAAGUGUCGAAGAGCCGAGUGCAAAGAUUAAUGUUCUUCUGCAGGCAUACAUCUCAAGGCUAAAGCUUGAAGGACUUUCCCUGACAUCUGAUAUGGUCUACAUUAGACAGAGUGCCGGUCGUCUUCUACGAGCUUUGUUUGAGAUCGUUCUGAAGAGGGGUUGGGCCCAAUUGGCUGAGAAGGCUCAGAAUCUGUGCAAGAUGGUUGACAAGCGAAUCUGGAGCGUCCAGACUCCAUUGCGUCAGUUCCAUGGCAUACCAAAUGAAAUACUGAUGAAGCUUGAGAAAAAGGAUUUGGCCUGGGAAAGGUACUAUGAUCUCUCCUCACAAGAAAUAGGAGAGCUGAUUCGUUACCAGAAGAUGGGGAGACAACUCCAUAAAUGCAUACACCAGCUCCCCAAGGUAAACCUUGCAGCUCAUGUCCAGCCUAUCACUCGCACAAUCUUGGGUUUUGAGCUGACCAUAACUCCUGAUUUCCAAUGGGAUGAUAAAGUCCAUGGCUACGUUGAGCCAUUUUGGGUCAUUGUUGAGGAUAAUGAUGGGGAGUACAUCUUGCAUCAUGAGUACUUCAUGCUUAAGAAGCAAUAUAUUGAAGAAGACCACACUUUAAAUUUCACGGUGCCGAUUUAUGAGCCACUGCCUCCUCAAUACUUUAUCCGAGUGGUGUCAGAUAAAUGGCUUGGUUCUCAUACAGUGUUGCCAGUCUGUUUUAGGCAUUUGAUAUUACCAGAGAAGUACCCACCACCAACUGAGCUUCUGGACUUGCAGCCUCUACCUGUGACUGCAUUAAGAAACCCCAAGUACGAGAGUCUCUAUGCUACAUUCAAGCAUUUCAAUCCCAUCCAGACGCAAGUUUUCACAGUCCUGUACAACACGGAUGACAAUGUGUUGGUUGCAGCUCCAACAGGCAGUGGGAAGACCAUAUGUGCAGAGUUUGCCUUGUUGCGGAAUCUCCAGAGGGGGCCAGAAAAUCCCAUGCGGGCAGUAUAUAUUGCUCCUAUUGAAGCCCUGGCAAAAGAAAGGUACCGUGAAUGGAGCGAGAAGUUUGGGAAAGGUUUAGGAAUGAAUGUUGUGGAGUUAACUGGUGAGACAGCAACAGAUUUGAAGUCUCUUGAGCGAGGCAACAUCAUUAUCAGCACUCCUGAGAAAUGGGACGCUCUCUCUCGUCGGUGGAAGCAGAGAAAACAUGUACAACAGGUUAGCCUCUUUAUUGUGGACGAGCUCCAUUUGAUUGGCGGACAAAUUGGUCCCGUCUUGGAGAUAAUAGUUUCAAGAAUGAGGCGUAUCGCUAGUCAUAUUGGGAGUAAUAUCAGAAUAGUAGCGCUUUCAGCUUCACUUGCCAAUGCCAAGGAUCUUGGUGAAUGGAUUGGUGCAACUUCUCAUGGACUCUUCAAUUUCCCACCUGGUGUUCGCCCUGUGCCUUUAGAAAUACAUAUUCAAGGUGUAGAUAUUGCAAACUUCGAAGCGAGAAUGCAGGCCAUGGCAAAGCCAACAUACACCGCAGUUGUCCAGCAUGCCAAAAAUGGCAAGCCUGCCCUUGUGUUUGUGCCUACAAGGAAACAUGCAAGACUUACUGCAGUGGAUCUGUGUUCUUACUCAACUGCUGACGGUGAUAAGCCUUCAUUUCUUCUCGGAUCAGAUGAAGAGAUAGGUACUUUCCUUUUAGCAAUCAAGGAUGACACCUUGAAGAGGACUCUCCCUCUAGGUGUUGGGUAUUUGCAUGAAGGGCUUAGCGCCAGUGAUCAGGAUAUAGUUCUGAACUUGUUUGUUGGUGGAAGAAUUCAAGUAUGUGUAUCAAGCAGCUCGAUGUGCUGGGGAAAGCCAAUGCCAGCUCACUUGGUUGUGGUAAUGGGAACCCAAUACUAUGAUGGGCGAGAAAAUGCUCAUACUGACUACCCGAUCACCGAUUUACUACAAAUGAUGGGCCAUGCAAGUCGUCCUCUUGUAGACAACUCAGGAAAAUGUGUCAUCCUUUGCCAUGCUCCUCGUAAGGAAUACUACAAGAAAUUCCUCUAUGAAGCAUUCCCUGUUGAGAGCCAUCUCCAUCACUUCCUCCAUGACCAUUUGAAUGCUGAAGUAGUCGUUGGAGUUAUAGAGAACAAGCAAGAUGCCGUCGACUAUCUCACCUGGACAUUCAUGUAUCGAAGGCUCACGAAGAACCCUAAUUACUACAAUCUCCAGGGUGUUAGCCACAGGCAUCUCUCUGAUCAUCUGUCAGAUCUAAUAGAGAACACGUUGAGCGAUCUCGAAGCGAGCAAAUGUGUGGUUAUUGAAGAGGAUAUGUAUCUCAAAGCAUCGAACCUUGGCCUGAUCGCUUCAUAUUAUUACAUCAGUUACACAACUAUAGAACGAUUCAGCUCAUCAUUAACACCAAAGACCAAGAUGAAGGGUCUUCUUGAUAUUUUGGCGUCAGCUUCUGAAUAUGCUGAGCUUCCAAUUAGACCAGGGGAAGAAGAGCAGAUAAGAAAACUGAUCAAUCAUCAGAGGUUCUCCUUUGAGAAUCCGAAGUGUAGUGAUCCACAUGUGAAGUCUAAUGCUUUGCUUCAAGCUCAUUUCUCAAGGCAUACGGUAGUUGGAAACUUAGCAGCAGAUCAGCGCGAGGUCCUCCUUUCUGCUCACAGAUUGCUUCAGGCCAUGGUAGAUGUAAUCUCUAGUAACGGGUGGUUAAACCUCGCUCUGACUGCAAUGGAGCUUAGCCAAAUGGUAACUCAAGGAAUGUGGGAGAGAGACUCAAUGCUUCUACAACUCCCUCACUUCACUAAAGAAUUGGCCAAGAGAUGUCAAGAACACCCUAAGGGUAGUAUUGAGACAAUCUUCGAUCUUGCAGAGAUGGAUGAUGAUGAUAGACGUCAGUUGCUUCAAAUGUCAGAUACCCAGUUGUCUGAAAUUGCACACUUUUGCAAUCGAUUCCCUAACAUUGAUAUGAGCUAUGAAGUGCUUGAUGCUGAUGAUAUUAGGCCCAAGGAGAAUGUUACGCUGCAAGUUACCUUGGAGCGUGAACUUGAAGGCCAGUCUCCUUCAGAGAUCGGACGAGUGUAUGCUCCUAGGUACCCGAAGGAAAAGGAUGAAGGCUGGUGGCUUGUUGUGGGUGAUACUGGGACUAAUCAGUUGGUUGCAAUUAAGAGGGUAUCGCUGCAGAGGAGAUCAAAGGUGAAGCUUGUGUUUGAUGCCCCAACUGAAGUUGGAGAGAAAUCAUAUAUGAUUUAUUUCAUGUGCGAUUCCUACUUGGGAUGUGAUCAAGAGUAUAAUUUUACUAUUGAUGUCAAAGAAGGUGGGGAAGGAGAUGGAGCUAGGAGUGACUGAGAGUAACCCAUGGGUUUGAGAGAUCUGUGGGAUAUUACCUCGGGAUCACGUUGUUGUUUAUUGCCUAGAUGAUCAAGUUCUGUUGUUUCUAGUCCGGAAUUUAUGUUUCCGAUACAGUAAAUCUGUAGCUUGUUAAAAGACUUCUAUGUGAAUGAUUUGUUCGUGAUGUGUUCAUCAGCAAACAAGAACAUGUAUGCUUGGUAACUACGAUUACAAAACCAGGUUUCCCAUAUUUGGUCGAUAUAUGAUUUAGGAAACAGCAAAUUUAUGUUAGGUGAUCUGCUGUUACUGAUUUGAACUCAAAAUGCCUGGCUUUGUAGAGGUUCACAUGUUUGCUUUUUGCCUCAGCUUUAUCUACUGAUUAUUGUCUAUAUGACAUCCAAUUGUUACGAUGUGUUUAAUAUAAUUUGAAUUGCGGAAAAGGCGUUGAGUUA